ACGCGCCGACAGCACGCGUUUUGUGUUCAAUAGACCACAGAUUUCGUAAUGAUAAUUUGAGUUGGAGUGAUUUGUCGAAGUUUAAAUAUUUCACGAUGAAGAUUAUCUUGUUCAUUGCGGCUGUUUUAAUGACAGAAUGCAAUAGUGUCCGCUUAUCAGCCCUAACAAAGCCCACUACAACAUCAACACCGGCACAGAUGACCCAACCGACGGCAUUAGUGCAAGAAAUGACUCCUCCGACCUUUGUCUGCCCAGAGUCAAGCAACACCGCCAGUCCGGUAGCACGACUCAGAGCUGCUAUGAAGAACUCUUCCUACACACAGAUGAAUGCAUUCUUUGAUGCUUUCCUGGUAUUCUACAGUGAUGAGCACUUGAGCGAAGAACCAGCAGCAGAAGAGCGUCGCCUGGAGUAUAUCAGCGGAUGGGAGGGCUCAGGAACAGCAGUGGUAGCUGAUGACGGGGCGGCGCUAUGGGUGCCCUCAGCAGACCUCCGGCGCGCCAGGGCUACCGUCUCCUGCUUGUGGCUUGUGUUGGACCAGGAUGAUCCUAGACAACCCACCAUUGCAGAGUGGAUUGCUGAACGUAGAGGCCGCAGCGGAAAAGUGGGUGCAGAUGCUCGUCUGACUUCCAUCAGCGACUGGCAGGCGCUAGCAACAAGUCUCCAGCGCGAGAACCUGCAGCUAGUGCCGCAGUCCACGAUGUUGGAUCAGUUGUGGAACGAGGAGAUGGAUCCCGCACGUCGUCGCCCUGAGUUCACCAGAGUAGUCGCCAUGUCACACAAUCAGGAGUACACUGGUAUGUCAUGGCGCGAAAAAGUGAAUCUUGUCCGUAACGAACUGCAGGCCGUGGGAGCUGAUGCAAUGAUAGUUACAGCCCUGGAUGAAGUUGCCUGGCUGCUCAACAUUCGCGGGAAAGACUUGCCUUACGCACCACUACUGAAAGCCUUCGUGCUGCUGAGCCUCAAGGAUGUGAGGGUUUACGUCCCACCUGGGAAGCUAUUGAUGCCUGAACGAGAUGCUCUGUCGGCGUAUAACUGUUUCGCGAAUUCUAAUAAUUGUACUCGAGUGAACGAAUAUGGCACCGUUUACUCUGACCUGCGGCGAGCUAUCGAAACCAAGAUCCUGAUCCCAACCGGAGGAACCUUCCAGCGGGGAGCUUCAGCAGCUAUCGCGCAGAGCAUUCCACAAACCAAGAGGCUGUUCCAAACCUCUCCCAUAAUCUAUUUUAAGGCUCAGAAGAACUCUGCAGAAAUACACGGGAUGAAGAAGGCACACCUGAGAGACGCCGUCGCUAUGUGUACAGUUCUAAAUUAUAUUGAGAAGAUAUAUUUGUAUAGAAUACAGAGUAUUGAUGAUCGUCGCGACGCCUGAUUCACUUCCUGCAGCAUCUCCCCUCCGCACACCAAGCUGCUGUUCUUCAGGGAUGUAAUACACCAACACACCAUCUAUGAC